GAAGACUAGCAACAACCAGAAACUUCUGGACCGCACAAUUAGGCCAUCCUAAACUGACUCGGUGCUUUUCGGAUUAGGAUAGAAACUUCCUUCUGGCCUCCUCCUAACCCUAAUCUUUUCUACACCGCCUUUGAAUCCCCUUCUAUAUAAUCGUCUCCCAUUCUCUUUCGCCUCCACAUAUCAAUCCUCUCAGAAAUCACAGCAAAUUGCGAUUUUCUUUUAACUAGCAAUUUCUCUCCAUUUUUUCUCUCUCAAUCUCAAUUUUCUGUCAGAAUGCAGAUCUUCGUCAAAACCCUAACCGGUAAGACAAUUACUUUGGAGGUCGAGAGCUCCGACACCAUCGACAACGUUAAGGCCAAGAUCCAGGACAAGGAAGGUAUUCCUCCGGAUCAGCAGAGGUUGAUCUUCGCCGGGAAACAACUCGAGGACGGUCGGACUCUUGCCGACUACAAUAUCCAGAAGGAAUCAACCCUUCAUCUGGUCCUUCGUCUGCGUGGUGGUAUGCAGAUCUUUGUGAAAACCCUCACCGGCAAGACCAUCACUUUGGAGGUCGAGAGCUCCGACACCAUUGACAACGUCAAGGCCAAGAUCCAGGACAAAGAAGGUAUUCCACCGGACCAGCAAAGGCUCAUCUUUGCCGGAAAACAACUAGAGGAUGGCCGGACUCUCGCUGAUUACAACAUCCAGAAGGAAUCGACCCUCCAUCUGGUCCUUCGUCUCCGUGGUGGUAUGCAAAUCUUCGUCAAGACUCUCACCGGAAAGACCAUAACCCUAGAAGUUGAGAGCUCCGACACCAUCGACAACGUCAAAGCCAAGAUCCAGGACAAGGAAGGUAUUCCUCCGGACCAGCAGCGUCUGAUCUUCGCGGGAAAGCAAUUGGAAGAUGGUCGAACCCUUGCAGAUUACAAUAUCCAGAAGGAAUCCACUCUCCACCUUGUUCUGAGGCUUCGUGGAGGCAUGCAAAUCUUUGUCAAGACGUUGACAGGAAAGACGAUCACUCUGGAGGUCGAGAGCUCCGACACCAUUGACAACGUCAAAGCCAAGAUUCAGGACAAGGAAGGCAUCCCUCCGGACCAGCAGCGUCUGAUCUUUGCCGGCAAGCAAUUGGAGGAUGGAAGGACUCUCGCCGACUACAAUAUCCAGAAGGAAUCGACCCUGCAUUUGGUGCUUCGGCUGAGAGGUGGCAUGCAGAUCUUCGUGAAGACCCUGACUGGGAAGACGAUCACUCUGGAGGUGGAGAGCUCGGAUACCAUUGACAAUGUGAAAGCUAAGAUUCAGGACAAGGAGGGUAUUCCACCGGAUCAGCAGCGCCUCAUCUUUGCUGGGAAGCAGUUGGAGGAUGGUCGCACCCUUGCCGAUUAUAACAUUCAGAAGGAGUCGACCCUCCACCUAGUCCUUCGUCUUCGUGGUGGUGAAUUCUGAAGAAGUCUUUAUGCUGUGUCUGAAUAAACAAACUAUAUGGUGUUCCUUUUUUUUUUUUUUUUUUUUUUUUGUGUUGUUGUAUUUCAUAUCUUCCUAGUUAAUUUGAACCUUAUGAGGUCCAACCUGGAACUAGUUAAUUUGAUCCUUAUGAGGUCCAACCUGGAACUAGUUAUUUGAUGCAUUUUAUAAAAGUAAUAUUAUAGUUUUUGUUUA